AUGUCAUCAGGAUCACCGGAUAAUACAAAUAAUUCAACUAGUAAUGAUUUGCUAAAAUAUAAUUCAUUAACUAUGGCUCAAAUAGAUGCUGCUUAUGCAAAAAAUGAAAUUCCCAUCAAUUUAUUACCAGCUGACAAACAUCCUUAUUGGAAUAAUGUUCCCACAGGACGUACAACUAUUGAAGAUGCUCAGCAACUCGAAUAUGAUGAACAUCAUAUUGAUUUAAUAGCUGAUCAAGAAAUCGAUGAUUUCGAAUUAGACUACGACGGUGUCGAUCUAGGGCAGCAUCUUGGUCUUGAUAAUCACCAACAUGACUUGGAUUUCAGUGAUGACGAGAAUAUUAUCGGUGAUCCAUUUGACAAUGGAACUGCAUCGAACUCGAAUAAAAAUCGAGGACUAAUCAAAGGAAACAUAACGUCAGAUGGAAUUAUUGAUGAUGAUUUCGAAUCAGAAUUAGGCGGGCAUGAACCUACCGACUUGCAAGAUACAGAAGAUGCAGAUUAUCAAUUAAUGACAAAAAUAUCUGAAUAUAGAAUUAUUGAAUGUUGUGGCGAUGACAAAUUUGGUCGUAAAACAAUUGUUUUUUCAGCAUGCCGUUUACCAAAUCAAGAUGAUAUUAGAAACAGUGAAUUUAAAACAGUUGCUAAAUUCCGUGAAUGUUUAUUUAAAUAUUUUUUACGAGCAUUCGAUCAAUAUGUUGAUAUGGAUUAUGUUCUAAUUUAUUUUCAUUAUGGAUUACGAUCCUAUAAUCGACCAUCAUACGGAUGGCUAAUGCAAUGUUAUCUUAAAAUUGAUCGAAAAUACAAGAAAAAUUUGAAAGCACUUUAUUUAGUACAUCCAACAACAUGGAUUAAAUUUUUUUGGCCAGUUAUUCGCCCAUUUAUAAGUGUAAAAUUCUCGCGUAAAGUAACUUACAUUAAUCGUCUAAGUCAACUUGAAGAAUAUGUUCAUCUUGAUAAUAUUCGAAUACCUGAUGAAGUAAAAAGUUGUGAUCCAGUGGGUCCUUUGGAAAUAUCAAAAAAUCAAACACGUCCAACCACAAAGUUUCAUGUUUCACUGCAAUUUAUUCUAGAAAAUGAACCCGGCGAAGUUAUACCAUUGGUUGUUCGACAAACCAUUGAUUUUAUUAAAAAUUUUGGAUUGAAUGAACCAGGGAUUUUUCGACGAUCUGCACUUGUUUCAUUAACCAAACAAGUACAGACAAAGUAUAACGAAGGUCAACCAGUUGUAUUUGAACAGUAUGGAGAUGUUCAUUUGGCAGCAUGUAUCUUGAAAACAUUUUUACGAGAUUUAUCUGAACCAUUAAUGACAUAUCGUUUAUACCCUGAACUUCUCGGCCUCUCAGGUACACUAAAACGACCUGAUCAAGUUGAUAUAAUCCGAGAUCUGAUUGUUGAAAAAUUACCAACACAAAAUUAUAAUGUUUUAAAAUAUUUAAUUGAAUUCUUAAAUUUGGCAUCUAACUAUUCAAAUACAAAUCUAAUGACAACAUCUAAUUUAGCCAUUGUUUUUGGACCUAAUCUGGCAUGGGCAGAAGAUGUUCAAAUGAACUCAUUGGCUAAUUAUUCACUUAUCAAUACAUUUACGGAAAUCUUGAUUGCGCGUUAUACAGAACUUUUUCUCAAAUAA